GGAUUGGCAUUCGAGAAGUUCUGUUAACCAGUGGAUGCCCUGCAGCUGAAACAAAAUGUAUUAUCGGUGUGGAGGAAUGUGAGGGGCCAGUAGACUGUGGAUGGGGAACACCAAUUUCUAAGGGCCCUGAGUGUGUGAAGAUGCCUUGUAUAUAUAUACCUCCUGAAAAUCGAUUUAAAUACAUUUGGAAGAAGUUAAUUCAAAACCAGACAGCAUAUACUCUUCCCAAUGAUACAUCUAUUAUGGAAGUUUGCAGAGGUAGGCAGUCGGUUACUUACCAGUGUGAAACUCGAAGAAGAAAAAAAGGAAGUACCAUUGCUUCUGUAAAAUACACGGUCCACGCAGCAACUGAAAUGCAAGCAGAAGAACCAAAAAGAAUACGAACAGGGCACUCAAGGAAAGAAACAGAUGCCAUUCUGAUCUUUUGCCUUGUAAUUGGAAUCAUCGCGACUGUUGGUAUGAUCUCUGCCAUGAUCUUUAUGAUUCUUCAAUGGGGUGUCAUAAAAUCUUUUUGGAAAUCAAAAUCUGGGCAAGACAACCAAGAGAAGCUGACCAACAAAAGAUUACUGCAUAACUUGGAAUAA